AUGGCUGCCAUACGUUCCUACACGCCGGUGUCGUACAACACUCUGCCUACCCUAAAGGCCGCCCACAAGACUUUCACUGAUCAGUCUGCCCGGGAGGUUGAGCGCACCUCUACCCCUUGGCACGUCAAAAACCUCGGGGACAACGCCUCUGUGAUGCAGGGCCGAGUGUUUCCCCGGAGCUUCCGACUCAGUGCUGACUCUGACGGUCCCAAGUUCCGACCCUACGAGUUCCGCUACGUUCUCGACGGCGAGGAGCCCCUUGCGAACCCGAACGACCCUGAGAGCGAGGCCUUCGCUGAGAAGCUCGUCGGCAUUCUGAAGAAGCACUCUCUGGAAAAUCUUGGGCAUAAACGCCUUGACACCCGAGCCACGCCAGCGAAGAGCGUUGCCAACGCUGCCACCAUCGCCAUCGCCAUCGCCAUCACCCUCGCAGUCGCCUCUGCCUUUACCACCGCUCUCAUCGACAUCUUCGCAGAGCAGGUCAGCCUGACACCAGACCGGAAGAAAUCCUUGAUUGGAUACAUUUGUUUCUGCGACUCCGUGGAUGAAGACGGGACUAGCGGCAUCUGGUCCCCCAAGAAUGACUACGUUGGCAGCGGCCGCCUAGGACGUAAUCAUACCCUAUCUGAUGUGCCUAACCAUUUCAUCCGGGAUUGGCUGCUGGAGCAGAUCGACGACGAAGAGGACGAAGAGAACGAAGUCGCCGCACUCAACGAAGACCAGAGACAACCUGCCCGGAGGGCCUUGUUCCCAGACCUGACCGCCGACCAGGUGAGCGAGUACAGCAAGGCACUUGCCAAGAAGAGAGAGGACGACCUACGCGCCUACAGAGCCAAGAAGGGCAUACCUGAAGAUGACGCCACGCCAGAACAGAUCCACAAAUGCAAUCUCAAGCGAAUCAUGCUGAGCUACGGAUUCGAGCACGAGAGGCAGGCUGAGGCAGUCCUGAAACUGCACGAGGCCGUGACAACUGUCGAUACUACCAUCGACCUGGCGCCCCGUGUGCGACCUGGUGCUAUCCGCAACUACGAGAAGUUCCCACCCCUCAGGCGUUCUGUACUUUUCCCCGGCAAAUCGACAGUGCGCCUUCGGGCCGAGGCCGAGUUGCCCCCACCUGUGCAGAUAGAUUGGGACUGCGAUCAAAUUCGUUUGAUGAUCCGGCGCUUCUGCCUCUGGGAGCAGGCCCUGCCCCUCCUCUACUACAAUGGAGAUGGCGAGUUUGAGCUUGACGACUUCCAGACGGCACUGGGGAUCACGCGCCAAACCCUGACUGCGUUCCUGAAGAAGAAGGGCCCGGCGAACGGAGACAAGUCCCAGGCGUACGAGCUGGCUUGGGAGUUCUUCAAGCGGAGAGACCUACUUGGCUAUCCUUUGGUGAAAGGCGAGGUGAUGAAAAGCAGAUUUGAUAAGGAAGCCAGCAGCGUAGACAGUGAUGACGGCGGCGAUGAUGAAGCCACCAAGGAAGCGGACGUGCUCCACGACAAUGAUUCCGACCGGCGCCCCUCCAAGCGCCAAAACGAAGAAGCAGACCCCGGCGAGGAUAGGAGCAAGCGAACCAAGACCACAACAAUGCCGAGAAGGAGAAGCGAAAGGCUCAAACGCUAG